AAUACGGCCACCGCUGCAAAUCUGGACCUAAGAUCGAAGUUCUGUGAUAACUCCAACUCUGCCCUUUCGAACCCAGACACCUACUUCCCCGACCAACCACCAUGGCCUCCAGCUCUGGAAUGAUCGAUCCUCGGAUCUUUGAGCACCUCCAAACUAAGAUCGAUGAGGACGCCGAGGUCAGAGACCAGAUUCGUGCCAUUACCCAGACGUUGGAGAGACAGGGAAGAAAUGGGCAGUCCAUUCUCUCCCGAGCCCAUUCCACCCCCGCAGCACACCUGAAGCCAGUCCUCGAAGCAGCAGAGGUUUCUAUCAAAGAUGAGAUCGAGAGCGUCACCAAGCUUGCGGCUGUAGCCUCAAGCUCUCCAUACUACAAAUACAACAACUUGUGGUCUCGAGAUAUUCAGAAUGUGGUCUUUUCUAUUCUCUUCUGUGGAUGGCUUGGAGGGAUGGGCACUGCCAGCAAGCCAGCAGAACCCGGCAAGCUUCUCACGAUCGAGGAAGUCGGUGGGAUCCUGAAUGUUCCCGUUAAUCUUAAAGACCGAGAUGCCUUCCAUAUCACCAUCGAGGAGUACCUCCAAUCCCUGAUUACCCUCAUCGAAGAACUUGCCCGACUGGCCAUCAAUUCCGUUACAUUGGGAGACUACCAACGACCUCUACAAAUCAGUCAAUUCGUCAAGGAUCUCCAUGCCGGUUUUCAGAUAUUGAACCUCAAGAACGAUUCAUUGAGACGAAGAAGUGACAGCAUCAAGUACAACGUCAAGAAGAUUGAGGACAUUGUCUACGAUCUCUCUUUGAGGAAUCUGGUGCCAAAGGCUGGCUCUGCAGCGUGAAGGGAAUUAAGAAUACGAAUCUUGUUACAAGGCUACGAUUUUCACGAGAUCACGAAGCAAUUGCCUAAAGUCAUGCUGGAAAAGGCUGGGAGUCACAAAAGAAUUACACGUAGCAGAGGAUUGAUGGAAUCAAACAAUUUGAUGGUGUUUGAGUUGACAUGGUUAAUCUUGUCUACUCAAUCCUUUGCCUGGCUGCAAAAUAAACCAUAAUGCUGUAAGAGGCCCGAGGCAUCUUGAACCUGAGCCGAUAACCCCACAACCCUCAAUUUGCAGC